UUGGCCGCCUGGCAAGGACCAGAUUCUGGGAAGCAAUGGUGAUGCGGGCCUUCGUGCUAUUGGCCGUCUUUGCGGAAGCUUCUGCAAGAUCCUGUACCCCAAAUAAAGCAGAUGUCAUUCUUGUGUUUUGCUAUCCCAAAACCAUCAUCACCAAGAUUCCCGAGUGUCCCUAUGGAUGGGAAGUCCACCAGCUCGCACUCGGGGGGCUGUGCUACAAUGGAAUCCAUGAGGGAGGCUACUACCAGUUUGUCAUCCCAGAUUUGUCGCCUAAGAACAAGUCCUAUUGUGGAACCCAGUCUGAGUACAAGCCUCCCAUCUACCACUUCUACAGCCACAUUGUUUCCAAUGAUAGCACAGUGGUGGUGAAGAACCAGCCAGUGAACUACUCCUUCUCCUGCACCUACCACUCCACCUACCUGGUGAACCAGGCUGCCUUUGACCAGAGAGUGGCCACCGUUCACGUGAAGAACGGGAGCAUGGGCACAUUUGAAAGCCAAUUGUCUCUCAACUUCUACACUAAUGCCAAGUUCUCCACCAAGAAAGAAGCUCCUUUUGUCCUGGAGACUUCCGAAAUUGGGUCAGAUCUGUUUGCAGGAGUAGAAGCCAAAGGGUUAAGUGUUAGGUUUAAAGUGGUUUUGAACAGCUGCUGGGCCACUCCCUCGGCAGAUUUCAUGUACCCCUUGCAGUGGCAACUGAUCAACAAGGGCUGCCCUACGGAUGAAACUGUGCUGGUGCACGAGAAUGGGAAGGAUCACAGGGCAACCUUCCAGUUCAACGCCUUCCGCUUCCAGAACAUCCCCAAGCUCUCCAAGGUCUGGCUACACUGUGAGACGUUCAUCUGUGACAGCGAGAAGCUCUCCUGCCCUGUGACCUGUGACAAAAGAAAACGGCUCCUCCGAGACCAGACCGGGGGCGUGCUGGUGGUGGAACUCUCCCUCCGAAGCAGGGGACUCUCCAGUCUCUAUCACUUCUCAGAUGUUAUCUACCACCUUGUCCUGAUGCUGGGAAUCUGUGGAGUCUUGUAGGCAAGAGGCAGGAGGGCAUCAGCCACUCCCACUCCCAGGAUCGCCUCCUCUUUCC